AUGUCAGAUGAGGCACAGAAAGUUGGGGUGCAGAAUAUGAUCCACCCGACCGUCCAUGCUUCAGGCAGAAAUCAAUGCCGCGUCAAGAAUCUUCCCAAGGUGUUCCAUCGAGGGCUGCAGUUGGCACUUAAGCCAAGCGUGGGUCCGAAAAAGGAACACCUUGGGGAUCCUUCGAUUUUUGAGAGACUGCUUCCACCUUGUAAAUGCCCUAGUGACGCCUCCCGUGAGCGUGGCCCAUGCAGCCUACGAACCGUGCCAAAAAUUUUUGAGAUAUUUGGAGGAGACCUGGCUGCAGGGACCAUUCGCCAACAUGUGAUGCAAAUAUAUGGUUCAUGUGGAGAGAACUACCAAUACAGCCGAAAACUACCACGGCGGAUGGAGCAGUUUCGACACGAGUCGAGAAAGUUGCGAAAGAGAGAUCGCAUUCGAAGAGAGAAAGUGGACGAAGAAAUGCGACGGUUUGAGGAACUCAGGAAUAGACCAUACCUUACCACCGUGGAGAUAUAUAUCGUCGAGUUAGUUAGCAACUCUUCUGUUGUUCCAAAGGAGUUGGUUGAGAGUGAGUUACCUCAUGAAUUUCGCGAUACUGACUGGACUUGUUUUCUAACCAGGUGAAA